AUGAGGAGACAAAAAAACAACAGGCAUUCCAUUUCAGAUACAAUAUCGGUAUCAUUAGGAUUACAAAAUCAAGAUCCUCAAAUUUUACAACAACCAAACGGUGGCCCUACUGUAACCCUAGGAAACAUGAGUGAUACAAGUAAUUAUUUAGGUAGGUCAUAUGUCAGUGGAUUUCUAUCCGCAUCUCCUGCAAUAAAUCAUGAUAAUAAUAAUAAUACCCUGCCAAUUGCAAACCAACAUCUUAAUAAAUCAAUUCAUGCUUCUCAAAAUUUACAUAGACAAACUGCUGCCAUAUCGGAAGACUUUAAUAAUGAUCCAACUUUCGAAGAUGAUAUAAACAUGAAAGAAUAUAUAUCAAACCUUGAGGAUGAUGCUACUGGAAACAAUGGGAAAAGAUAUACUGCUUAUUACAUAGAUAAUGAAGAUAGAAUUGACAAUAUUCUAACCGAGGAAGCCGAACCUGUAACUGACUUCUACCCACAAGACGAAAAUUCAAGAUUAUUAUUGUCACCUAUACCAUCAGAUAGUUUACUUGCAGGAGAGAAUUUAUUGCCUUCUAUAUCUGAACAAGAACAAGAAACUGCUCAAAGAAGAAGAACCUCUGCAUACCAAUCCAUUAGACAUAGAAAUUCUGAAUCAACAGAGUAUUCAUCUAUACCCACUUGGAGAAAAUAUAUUGCUACGCCGUCAGAAAUAAUUCAAUACCUCCCGGCAUCCAUCUUGGGAUUAUUAUUAACAAUUUUAGACGCAUUAUCAUACGGUAUGAUCAUUUUCCCAAUAACAGAACCUAUAUUUUCACAUCUGGGGCCAACAGGUAUAUCAAUGUUUUAUAUAUCAACAAUCAUAUCACAAUCUAUAUUCUCAGGUGGAUGGUCAAGUUUCCCCUGUGGUAUAGGAAGUGAAAUGAUAGAAGUCACACCUUUCUUUCACACCAUGGCAUUCGCUAUUAAAGAUGCACUUCCUGAAGGUUCUAACGAUGAUAUCAUUACGACUACUUUAUUUUGUUACGUCAUAAGUUCAAUGUUAACUGGUUUAACAUUUUAUUCUCUGGGUAAACUACACUUGGGGAAAAUUGUAGGAUUCUUCCCACGUCAUAUCCUAAUUGGAUGCAUCGGUGGUGUCGGUUAUUUCUUAAUAAUUACAGGUAUAGAAGUAUCCACAAGAGUAGCUAAAUUCCAAUAUACAAUCCCAUUCAUAACACAUUUGUUCACUGAUGUGGUCACUUUAUGGCAAUGGCUUUUACCAACUCUCCUCACAGUGAUACUAAUCAUUGCACAAAAAUGUGCUCAAAAUUCAUUAGUAUUACCAUCAUUCUACAUCCUAACUCUAAUCCUCUUCCACUUCAUGGUAGCAAUAAUCCCCAGUCUUUCAUUGAACCAAUUACGAGACUCCGGUUGGAUCUUCCCACAAGCAGCCACUGAUUCCAAAUGGUACGACCAUUACAAACUUUUCAAUUUACACAAAGUCCAUUGGACACUAAUCCUCAAACAAAUCCCCACAAUGCUAGCCCUGACAUUCUUUGGAAUAUUGCACGUCCCCAUAAACGUCCCCGCCCUAGCGAUGUCAUUACAAAUGGAUAGAUACGAUGUCGACAAAGAAUUAAUAGCUCACGGUGUUUCCAAUUUCGUUAGUGGUAUGUUCGGAUCCAUUCAAAAUUACCUAGUUUACACAAAUAGUGUGCUUUUUAUUAGGGCUGGUGCGGAUUCUGCUCUAGCGGGUCAUAUUUUGAUCGUGUUGACUAUUAUCAUUAUGAUCAUUGGUCCCGUUAUUAUUUCAUUCAUACCGAUUUGUAUUGUUGGGUCUUUGAUUUUCUUAUUGGGGUAUGAAUUGUUGGUAGAAGCGUUGGUGGACCCCUUGGGGAAAAUAUCUAAAUUUGAAUAUAUAACCAUUGUUAUCAUUGUUUUCACUAUGGGUAUUUUCGACUUCGUUUUGGGUGUUAUUGUUGGGAUCUUGAUUGCAUGUUUCUCAUUUUUGAUUGAUAGUACGAAGUUACAGACUAUUAAUGGUGAAUUUGAUGGGACUGUGGCUAAGAGUACUGUUUAUCGUGAUUUGAUUCAAACUAAAUUCUUGAAUGGGAUUGGUGAACAGAUCUAUGUCUUGAAAUUACAAAAUUUACUGUUUUUUGGUACUAUUAUUUCCAUCGAAGAGAAAAUUGAUAAAUUAUUGGAGAUUAGUGACAUGGAUUCAUCCAAACAUAGGAUUAAAUAUUUAAUUUUGGAUUUUAAAAAUAUUAAUGCUGAUAAUAUUGAUUAUUCUGCUGCAGAGGGGUUUAAUAGAAUUAAAAGGUUUACACAAACUAAAAGAAUUCGAUUAAUAAUUUCGUCAAUACGUGAAAGAGAUCAUAUUUAUAAUGCAUUCAAUAAUGUUGGAUUAUUAGAGGGUGUUGAAUUGUUCAAUGAUUUAAAUAGUGCAUUAGAAUGGUGUGAAAAUGAAUUCUUAUUCAAGUAUAAAACUUUAAGAGAAAAGACAAGACAAAAGAGGAAAAAUAAAAUCGAUAUUAACCUUGCAAUUACCAAUGGUAACCCCACAGAAGAACGAAAUAUGCACCUAGAGAUCCCAAGAAAUAUCAUGUCAUUACCCAUGAAUACACCCCGUAAUAAUCAAAUGUUAUCAGUAGCGCAGAAUGUAUUUAGAAAUGAAGAACAAGCGGCAAAGGCGUUAAAGCAACAAUUUAAAAAUGAACCAUCCGUAUUACCGUUAUUAUUAUUUGUUUUAAAACAAUAUAGACCUCGCAUAGUGUCUAAUGAUAAAAGUAUAGAGGAAAAGGAAAUUAAAUUCUGGUCACAAUUGUGUCCAUAUUUGUCCGAGAGAUUCCUAGUGGCUCAAUCCACUUUGAAACAUAAUAACAAUUUCUUCUUUAUCGUUGAGAGUGGUAUUUUAAAAGCGACAUUCACAUUACCUUCAGGAACUCUCUAUGAAACCAUGUCGAAUAGAACAUGCUACGGUAAGAUAUUGGGUUCAAACAAUGAAACCACUGUUUUGAAUGAACAAGAUUUAACUAUUAAGACAGAGACAGAUUGUAACCUGUGGGUUAUCGACAUGGAUGCAUUAACAAGAAUGAGAGCGGAGAAUUUAGAGCUGUACAUUGAGUUAGUUCUCUUAAUAAUGUCUAUAAGAGACACUAGGUUCAAAGAACUUCUGGGGUAUACCUUGGUCAGUGCAUGA